AUGGUCAGCAGUCAGCUUCGAGAUGGGAGGGACUGUUUCCACAGGCUGAAGUUCCCAUCCRACCUGGAGGAGCUGCGGGAACUGUCCGAACUCCUGCAGUUUUACAAAACKGAGCACACCGCAUAUGUCCUGCUCCUGUUCUGCAGCGCAUACCUCUACAAGCAGUCCUUUGCCAUCCCUGGAUCAUCUUUCCUGAACAUUCUUGCAGGAGCUAUCUUUGGACCGUAUCUAGGACUGUUCCUUGCCUGUGUGCUCACCACGGUGGGCUCCACCAUGUGCUACCUCCUUUCCCAAGCCUUUGGAAAACAACACAUCAUAAAUCUUUUCCCAGAGAAAGUUUCUAUGCUACAGAAAAAGGUGGAAGACAAUCGGGACUGUUUGUUCUUCUUUCUGCUCUUCCUGAGAUUCUUUCCCAUGACUCCCAACUGGUUCCUGAACAUGUCUGCCCCCAUCGUCAACAUCCCCAUCGCAUACUUUUUUUUCUCAGUAUUUAUUGGCCUGUUGCCCUACAACUUCAUCUGCGUGCAGACGGGCGCCAUGCUGUCCGAGGUGUCCUCGCUGGACGACCUGUUCUCCUGGGAGCACCUCCUGCAGCUGCUGGCCAUCGCCUGCGUGGCUCUGGUGCCCGGCGCCCUCAUCCGGCGCCUCAGCCAGAGGCGUCUCAAGCUGGCCGUCCAGCCCCAGAACGGACUUGACUCGGAUAAGAAGGUGCAGUGACCCCCGCUGGAGGGUUUGUACGUUUUAUUCGCUCAGUUUUCAGAUGCCUUCUGCUCUCCAGAGCAAACAUGUUCAAAGCGGCAGCUGUUCAGAAAAACUUCAACGCCCGACUGUGUCGUUGUUUUCGGUUAUGGAUCGCUUUACCCUUGCCGGAGUUGUGUGGAGAUCAACACAAGAAGCACUGCUUUUCUAAAAAAAAUACAAAUGCAUUUGAUGGACUUUAAAAAAAAAAAAAAAAAGUUUUCCAGUUUUGGUGUUUUGUAGCUACCGUAUUUGGGAAAUGUUUGAAUGUACAAGAAUCAUGAAGAGGAGAGAAGAUCUUUUUGCACUCAUGUUUGACAACAAGAGUUCUACUUUAGUUUAAAUUUUGCGUUCAAAGUGCCUGUUUUGUUUUGGCCUUUAAAUUCUACCUCCAUGGACUCACUGAAAUAUUAAUGUGAAAACCGCAGAAGGCCUGCCCGGGUUCCUGCUGAUUAGAUAAUGUCUCAUGGGUUUACGCUUGUCCUUUUUCUAUUUGUAACUUAUUAAAUUGGCUAGUCUUAAGAGUCCACAUCAGUCAGUCACAACAUUAAAGCGUACCAGGCCUUAAAUGUUCACUAAAAUAUAAGAACAAAACUAAGGGGCCAAACUUUUGAAUCUAAAGCCAUUGUAUGUGCCUGGAAAGAGCCCAGAUCAACGAAGGCUUUGUUCGCUAAAAACACUGGACCCACAGCCAACACCCCACUGCCACUUCAGGAGAUCCACAGUUCCCCUGUUCACAAUCUGAAGGGCCACUGUUGUUUUUGUGGAGCAGAAAAAUCUUCACAGCCUAAUAUUUUAAAACGGGGAAGGCUGGGCUUUUAUUUAACGCUUUACCGUUCUUACUGUUGAAUUCUUUACAGAAUUUGAACUGCAAAGUUAUUUCUGACCUGGUGAAGCUUUGAGGUACAAACUCUCUCUUUAUUGCCUCUUUUUAUGAAUUGUUUGUCUGUUAUCCGUUUGCUGUGGGUGCACUUUUUUAUGCCUUCCUUUGAAAAAGGUUUUGCAUUUGCCUUUUCUAUCAUGGUGUCAAUUAUUUUAAAUGUAAUGUUCAACAAUGUUAGCAUUUACAAAAAAAUCAUAUUUUAAUCCAGCACUUGGCUUAUUUAUUGGGAUACCCAGUGAAGAUAUGUAAAAAAAGCCUUAAAGUAAAGGAAUCUUUCAUUGUAGCAAAAUCGAAUGUCAAAUCCAUAGGAAGAAAUUAAUUUAAGUAAUUUAGUGUGGCAGAACAUGCAAAAGGUUGUUUUUUUUACAUAAUAGAAAUUCUGCUGUUAUUUUUUUUUWAUUGAAUAUACCUUCUAAUAUAUUUUUUCAAAGUUGAGCUAUUUCAAGGAACUUUUAAACUGCCACAAAUGGAAAAGACAAGAAGUCGGACUGAUCUGUGUUGAUCUUCAAAAGCUACUCGCUUAAACUUUCUCCUAUUUACAGCCAGAGCAAUAAGAAAAUGAAUCUUUAAAACAACUAACUGUGACAGCCAAGACUGGGCAAGAAAGGCAAGUCGGAACAGGAUGGUGAAAGGUUAACAAUGCCACCAAGUCCGCUUAGCUUGGUGGCACCACUACAUACUCUGUAGACACUAGCGAGGAACUUUUAUACCUUAACAAGCAUAAAAUCACUGAGUUUUAACUAACUGGAAAUGUCUGCUUUCCUCAGAUCAGACUAAUUGGAUCGAGCUUUUGGGUAAAACUGCAGGUGGGUGUUAAGUGUAGAAAAAAAAAGGACAAAUCUGUGGAAAAGCCCUCAUGUCUAGUGUGAUCCUGUGGCCUGUUUCUCAUAUAAAGGUGAGUGGAUGGCAUGAGCUCUUUCAGGUUGGUUGAUAAAAGACUGGAUAACCUGUAUGAAACUGACUCUAAAUGCUCCAACCUUGUUAAAUGUUACAGGAGAAGAUAAAGUGCUUCAUGAUUGGCAGUAGAGGGUUAUAAAAAGGCAUUUAGGACAAGUGUGCUUGUAAGCGCAACGUAAUUGAAUGUACUCAAAUUGAAGGUUGGAUUUUUCUAAAAUGCUUUAGUGUUGCAUUGUUUAUCCAAUAAAAGAUGAAUUUAUUUCAAGGCUUUUUACAAGGGUGCUAAUAAACGCAAUCAGUUCUGUAAUAGGACUCGGUUUGAAGCUGGAAAAAUACAUUGUGGACCAUCUUUAUUUAUUUCUAUUUAAAUCUGAUUUGCAGUAUUGUUUUCUGAAAGUCCCUCYUGUUGGUGGAGUUGUUGUAAAACAAGGACUUUGUGCAAUGAUGGGUUUUGCAGGUGUAAGUGUUUCAAGUAAUAAAAACAAAACAAGCUUCUUCUUUUUUCUUUCAGAUAUUCUUUAUUGCUCAGAUCCAGGUUGCUCAGCAAUACAGUUCACUCACAACUCAAAACGACAGCUUGGCUGCUACCAGAAAGGCAUGGAUCCAUGUAGUAAAAAAAAGAAAAACGGAUCAGAUGUCUCUCUGGCGCAGCCACUGAUUAUUAUUACCUUGAGGUGUUUGGAGCCUUGUUGGCUUGUGGGUAACAUUGAGGGUUUGAAGCUACCAAGAAACAAWAGGAAACUCCCAGAUGGAGAAAAUGCGGAUAAGAACUGGAUCCAUGUAAAAGGGAAAAGGAAAAAAAAAAA